AUGAGCCAGCACCAUUUAACGGCUGAUGUUUACCACGCGUACCAAGUAGUCAAAUCGCAUGGCAUACCUGAGAAAAAUAUUAUCGUUUUCCACUACGAUGACAUUGCUCAUAAUAAGGUUAACCCUACACCGAGUAUUGUAGUCAACACACUCGGUGGACCUGAUGUCUAUCAAGGAGUACCCAAGGAUUAUACCGGGAUUGAUGUCAACCCAGAAAACUUUGUGGGCGUACUUAUGGGCGAUAAGACGCUAAAAGAAAAUAACAAAAAAGUGCUGGAAAGUGGGCCCAAUGAUCAUGUUUAUAUCUAUUUCGUUGACCAUGGUGACGAGGAUGUUAUCGAAUUCCCGACCGACUAUUUGUAUGGGGAGGAGCUGAAUGUGGCCCUCAAAUACAUGCACCAAAACAAAAUGUUUGCCAAAUUGGUGUUUAAUAUGGAAACGUGUCACUCGGCAAAACCCGAUGAACUGAGCUCGGCCACGUAUUAUGAUACACUCAGAAAGACCUACCUUGGUGAUUGUUAUAGCGUUGCCUUGAUAGAGAAUAGUGAAACCCAGGAUUUAGAUAAAGAGACUCUACAGGCUCAGUUUGAGUAUAUCAGCAAAAAUGUGAAUACCUCCACACCGCAGCAAUAUGGCGAUGUUUCAAUUGCGAAAUUACCAGUGUCACAAUUUAUUGGUAAUAAACCCAAAGAUUAUAUACCUAGUAAACCGGUAUAUAUUAAUGAUGGUGAUAUGGAAGUGGUUAACCCUAGAGAUAUACCGGUGCUAUUGGCACAGAAAAAUAUUGCCUCAACUAAUCAUAUCAAUGAGAAACAAAGGUAUGUCGAAAUGUUGGAGACUAUACUGAAAGGUCGCAAAUACUUGGAUAACGUGUUGUAUGAAUACGUGAAUAGUAUUCAACACUUAAUGCCAAACAUCGCAACCAAUGCUAUACUCCAUACGAAACAAGAGCUCAAUAAUAGACACUGUUAUCGACAACUGGUCGACACUUUCCACCAAAACUGCUUUAAUUUGAAUCAAGUAUAUCUAAUUAACUGA